GAACGGGAGCUAAACAGCACGUCAACAAUUGGGUCCCAGGUGAGCUGCCCGUCCGUUCUGCGCUCCGGAUCCUACAUAGUGAACGAGCCGCAGCGGGACAUUGCAGACGACACAAGCUCCUUCUUCGACGAGCCGAGCCAGAUUCUGCUUGACAACAUGGAGCGAGAGCUUGAGACGGCUGAGGACGCCUUGGAAACGCUAGACGGUGCCGACGAUGCAAAUAACGACGGCUCUGCCGUGGACGGCGUAGAUGACCGUGAUGCGGAAGCGGAGAAGGAGGCUGACACGCCGUUGGGUGAUGCUGAUCAGAAUAAUGACGUUCAAACAGAAGAGAUGGUGCAAGAACCGCCGGGCAAUUAUGAGGAUGACCGUGCAGACGUUGAACAGGAAAUAGACGAUUCGCAUGAUGUUAAGGACGAUGUGAACAAUCAUCAGGGUAGUGAACAGGAAGCGCCGUUGGCGAAACCGGAACGCGACAGUGGCCUAAAUGUACCCCCUCCAUCGCCAAGCAACGGGAAAAACGAGGAUGAUGACACUAAAAUACUUAUGAACGAUGAUUAUGAACCUGAAAAACUACAGCACACGAAAGAAUCAACACCGUCACAGGAGGAUAGUGUGUUCAUUGAAUCGGAGAUUCACGAUAUAAAAUCGUCUACCCCAAAGAAAGAGAAAAAAGAGAAGAAAGAAAAGAAAGUCAAAAAAGAGAAGAAAGAAAAGAAGGAGAAAACAAAGGAAGAGAAACCUCCCAAAGAAUCAUCACUACCAUUGGAUCAAUCAUCAAAACGAAUCCACCUUAACUGGACCAUACCAGCCGUUUACAAGUCCUCGUUAGUGAAGCUCCUGUGCGGCCUGUACGCGCUGAUCGUGGUCGUGCUCGGGAUCGUGUUCGCCACCUCGACCAGCCUCACGAGCAAGGAACGCUCGCACAAGUACUACCUCGAGGUCUUCCUCGUUUACCUGUACACGGGCUCUCUCAUUGUCCUCCUGUACUUCCAACUCGGGCUGCUGCGAGGGGUCAAGGUCAAGAACAGCUACUUCGACACGAACAUCAAGGUGUCCAUCCGACCCGACGGUAGCAUCCAGAAGUCGCCGUCGGCUACGCCCACUCCACACAGUAGGGCGCACGAGGUGCUGGCUGAUGACGUCACACUCGAGAAUGGCCGAGGCUUGGAGGAGAUCUCAUUGGCCAGUCGGCAUAGUCAGCUGGUACUUCCGGCAAACGGGGGCGUGGCGCAUGUCGGGGAGGGCAUCAACUUUUACCUCCGCCUUGGGGCUCUAGCGUUCGCGUUCGGCAGCGUGACCCUGGACGGUCUGCACAUCGCCUCGUACUUCGAGAGUCCCGAACUGAAGACGUGCGACAGCGAGAUCUUCAUCUUCGUCUACGUCAUGCACCUGUUCUUCACCUUCGUACAGACCUUCUUCCUUUUCAAGAACCACAAGCUGGUGAUAGACAAGCAGAAGGCCCUAGUGCGGUUCGGUAUGAUGCACAUCAUGGCCACCAACCUGUGCGUGCUGCUCGUCACCGUCAUCGCGGAAACAGCCGAGGACUUCCGACAAGAGGACUUCAUCAAGCGCAAUAUAACCGGCGGCCCGUUAAAGUCUUGUUAUGAGGAGAUCACCCUGGCACGGUCAGCGUCGCCGUACCUGUUUCCCUGCACGGUCAUCUACAGCAUCAUCGGCGCCGGAAUCGUGUACCGCCUCUACCAGUACGUCGGGGUCAAGGUCAGACAGCGCUGGCCCAGCCACACGUCCUUGACCAGCUCCGUGCCGCAAGGGGCCACCGGGAUUGACUGUGACAAGGCUAACAAGGGUUUGUUCAUGGGGCUGCUGGUGGCGGUUCUUACAUUGAUCGCGAUCGCAACGUUCUUCGUCUUUGAAAACCGGAUAUCCGACUCCUCAACAGCGGUGCAGGUGUUCUACGUGACGGAAAUCGCCCUGAUGGUCGUGACUGGUGCGGGAAUCAUCUGGGGGUACGCGCGGCUGGCCACCUUGAAAUUUCUCCCCUCAAAUUUCCUGUCAGUGGACUCGGUGCUGCUUAUCGUCGCUCUUUCCGGCUCCUACAUCUACCUGUUCUUCAUCCUCAUCUCUGUUCUCUCCAGCGGAGAGCUAGGAGGCGCCAUCGGCAUCCUGUCGGUGAUCACAAUCGUACUGGGGCUCGUCCAGAUUACGCUGCAGAUUGUCUUCAUCCUGGACGGCCUUUGCCGCUGCGCAGAGAACGACGGUCAGAUGGCCGACAAGCCCGGGCGCUCCGUCGUCACGUUCCUGCUCGUCUGCAAUCUCGCCAUGUGGGUCGUCAGCAUGUUCGAGAUCAAGAAGACGCAGGUGAUCCUCAUGCACGAGCGCUUCUAUGGGAUCCUCGCCUGGAACAUCAUCACGCACCUGUGCGUGCCGCUUAUGAUCUUCUUCCGGUUCCACUCGGCGAUCUGCCUGUCGAAGAUCUGGUACAAACGCAUACCAGAAAGAGAAGCUUACGUAACUCGCCUGAAAGCUCUACGGGUAUGAAUGUCGGACGUCGGCUAAAGGCAGCAUGAAUGAUUAAGGUCCACUAUUUCCUUUAUUUUAAUUUUGUCUCCGAACUUUCGCAUUAUGGACUUGGACUGUCUCAGGAAGGGAAUCUACAAUCCAUAGGGCAUUGACUCUGUCUCCUUUUUCACAUGUGAAAAUAUUUAUAUAAAAAACCUAUUACUUCCAAAUAUCAUUCACUACUCAAAAUUAAAUAUGCCAUUCUUUAUUUCUGUGUAUUUUACAAACGAAAGUGAAUUUAUGACUUAACGACAAUGUAAUAUUGUAUAAAGAUGUAUGUAUACAUGCGUUUUGAAAAUACUGUACUAAGGUAACACCCCAAACUAUUACGUACAUUUUUACAUGUAGUCCUAUAUAUUUUAUCUAAAGUGAAUGUGGUGUAGUUAGUUAGUUGUUAUAGAAUGAUGUAACGUUCUCUUGAAUUAGUUCUCAAUUUCAGGUGCAUGGUUAUAUUUAAAGUAAAGUAUAAAAAGAGUCUAGCAUAUGUGCGUAAUAAUUAUCAUUUUAAAAUUGAUGUAUGUUCUGUUUUGUAUAUGUACAUGUAUAUUAUAUCUUUAUGAUAUGUGUAAUAAGUGCAUCCAUGACCAAUGUAUGUAUACAGAUUUUAGAGAUUAGCAUUAUUGUACCGUCGCCGAAUUUCUUCAACCAUGUAGAACAACGAUAAAACAAAUAAUAUUUUGAGAUGACAUGAUUACUUAUUGUACUUUUUUAUAUUUUAAACAAAACCACUAACGAUCGUCAGGAACACUUAAGCCUGAACAAAAUUGGUGCACAAUAUGUCUUAUUGUUUUCUAGUUUGUUUUAUUUUUAUGUCCCCCACUAUAGUAGUGGGGGACAUAUUGUUUUUGCCCUGUCUGUUGGUUGGUCUGUUGGUUGGUCGGUUUGCGCCAACUUUAACAUUUUGCAAUAACUUUUGCUAUAUUGAAGAUAGCAACUUCCUAUUUGGCAUGCAUGUGUAUCUCAUGAAGCUGCACAUUUUGAGUGGUGAAAGGUCAAGGUCAAGGUCAUCCUUCAAGGUCAGAGGUCGAAUAUAUGUGGCCAAAGUCGCUCAUUUUAUGAAUACUUUUGCAAUAUUGAAGAUAGCAACUUGAUAUUUGGCAUGCAUGUGUAUCUCAUGGAGCUGCACAUUUUGAGUGGUGAAAGGUCAAGGUCAAGGUCAUCCUUCAAGGUCAAAUAUAUGGGUCAAAAUUGCUCAUGUAAUGUCACUUCUGCAAUAUUGAAGCUAGCAAUUUUAUAUUUGAAAUGCGUGUGUAUCUCAAGGAGCUGCAGAUUUUGAGUUGUGAAAGGUCAAGGUCAUCGUCAUAUAGGGGGACAUUGUGUUUCACAAACACAUCUUGUUUAAAUAUAAGAAAUAAUAUUUCAGAUAUUAAACACCAAAAAAGAUUGAUGAAAUUUAAUAUAUGUAACAAUAUUCAGUAUCUGUUUUUUUUUUAGAAAUACUCUUGCAUUAUUACAUGUUCUAUACAUAUUUUACAUAACCUUCAUUUGUAAUUAGUUCAGUUGGUCAUAUAAUAUUUGUCAUCAUGUAUUUAUAUUCAUUUUCUUGUAUUUUUAUAUCAAUAAUCAUUGUUUCAUAUUUACAAAACACUACACUGUAUAUACAGAUCAUUUAUCUUAAUAUUUUAGAAACCCGAGUGUAAACUGUCUCAUAUUUAUAUUUGUCAAUUUGUAUUAUAAUAAUAAUAAAUGUCGUGACCAA